GCCAGCCAUCCCGCCCGCGGGGGGCGGCUCCGGGCGGCCGGCGGCUGAGCUGCGGCAGUCUCCCCGCGGGCCGGGCCGGGGGCGGCAGCGGGAUGGGGCUGGAGCUGUACUUGGAUCUGCUCUCCCAGCCCUGCCGCUCUAUCUACAUCUUCGCCCGGAGCAACAACAUCCCCUUCGAGUUCAAGCACGUGGAGCUCUUCAAAGACUCGGUGCUGGGGAGGAAGCCGACGGCGGGCAGCGGCGCGGAGCCGCCCCGCGCAGGGCCAUCAAAUAGUGAAGGAGCUGGCAAAGUCAGCCUCUUGAAGAAAGUACCAGCUCUAAAGGAUGGAGACUUUACCCUAGCAGAAUGCACUGCCAUUCUGCUGUAUCUGAGUCGAAAGUACAACACUCCCGACCACUGGUACCCAUCAGACAUACAAAAACGGGCCAAGGUAGAUGAAUACCUCUCAUGGCACCAUGCUAACAUCCGGGCUAAUGCUCCUAAGACUAUGUGGAUCAAGGUGCUGAUUCCCCUCUUCACAGGGCAGCCAUUGCCCUCUGAGAAGCUUCAGGAGGUUAUGGAGGGGCUGUCCACUUCCCUGAAGCAAUUUGAGGAGAGGUUUCUGCAGGACAAGGCUUUUAUCAUUGGGAACGAGAUCUCUCUGGCAGAUCUUGUGGCCAUUGUAGAGCUGAUGCAACCUGUUGGAGUUGGUUGCGACAUCUUUGAAGACAGACCAAGGCUGAUGGAGUGGCGCAGGCGGGUGGAGGAUGCUGUGGGGAAAGAACUUUUCUUCCAAGCCCAUGAGAUGAUCCUCAAUAUCAAAGAACUGAGCAAUGUUCAAAUUGAUCCACAGCUGAAAGAGCAUCUGGCACCUGUGUUGAUGAAGAUGUUGAAAUGAAUUUACCUAUCUUACCAAUUUUCCUUCUGUUUUUUUUUUUUUUUAACUUCUUCUCUGACCUCCAGUUCUACAUGUAACUGGAAAGAGCACUGUAGUUCUCAUACAGAAAUUGCGGGGUAUUUCCCCCCUCCUCUGCCAGGCCUUUCCUUCAUCUUCAGGGGUGGAAGCUGGGGAAGGUUUGAAACCUGAAACAUUAAAUUUAUCCAAAAGGCUGAGGCCCUACAGGUCACUUAAUGUGCAUCUGAGUUUUAGUUCAGUGUCAGUCUUCUCAAAGAUGGUAAAGACAUGAAUGGUAUUUCUUGACAAAAUUGAGCCAGCCUGCAAACUGGGAACAUCAGAGAACUGUAUAGGAUGAGUAUUGUUUUCAUGUUUUUAACAUUUGCAGCUCCUUCUUAAGUGGCAAGUACUGCAAAGCGUGCCUGAUCCUUACCUUCCCAGCAUGUGUCUGCACAGACAAGUACAGCACAAAACUACAGGCAGUCACAAAAGUGAAAAAAGACAUUUAAUUUUUUAUUAUUUUAAAGUUUCUUAUUGCUGAGGCAUCUUGCUUGGCUGUCUGUACAUGCCACACUUCUAUUUGCCUUUAGGUUCCUGUGAGAAGUUUCUUCAUAUUCAUCUGCAACUGAUUCUUUGUAAUUCUUCAGUUUAAUCACUGUUCUUCAUUUCUGAAAGACUGGGUUUCAUUGGUGCUUCGUCUGCCAGGACACAUGUGGCAGGGGCUGUUCUUGGACAUUCGUGCAGUAAAGACCAAGCAGCUUUGAAAAACUGAGGGUGGCCACAGUCUUCGAAUACCUGCCUACCUGAAGUACUCUGUUGAUAUUAUAUGGAGAAUACACUGAAAGAAAGCAUUCACAGUAAUUUCUUGAAAUAUGGCAGCAAUCAAAUUGUUUUCUUCUGCAUUAAUACUGUAAAUGCAAUCCACAUUUCUCCUAGAAAACGCAGAGGGGCAAUAAAUCUAGAUGUGCUCUUCUGAGUCUGAUUUGGAUGGAAGUUCACCAAGUAAGUCACCCUGUGCAGCUGAAGUAAUAAGAGAGAUUUUUGUGGCAUUGAGCAAUACAUGCAUCACAAUAAAAGGGCAGAGAAUUGUUUUGGAA